AUGGCAGGGGACGGCCAGGAGGCAGGCGGCGGUUGCUGCCCACCCAAGGCUGGUGCCGCGCCGAGGAGGCACGCCGGCGGCCAGCGAUGGGGGGCCGUCAAGAUGGCCGCGAUCGGUGCCAUCUUGGGGACGCUGCUGCUGAACGGGCUGCUCGCAUCCGCCCCCGCUAAGAUUUUUGGAGCGAAAACCGAUGUGUUCAAGGAAUCGCCACCAAGGAGUCCACCAAAUACAAGGGCACAGGGCAAUCUCGAUGCAAGACUUCUAAGCACUAGUUACAAUUCUGAAGUUGGCGAGAAGACAACGGAGACAUGGCAGUGGGGCGGCAGCCAGGGUGGGCAUCAAGAAGUGGAGGGCAGGCUCAAGGUGGCGCUGAUGUUCUUGUCCGCGGGCCCCAUGCACAACGAAAUCGCCUGGCGCGCAUUCUUUGAAGCUGCAUCCAGUCUGCAGCUCAAGCAGCCCGCACGGGUGCCAAUGCCCACCCGCACGGACCUCAAACAGUUGGUGGGCGGGCCCUUGAAGCCAGAAAUACCAAGCCUCAGGGAAGAGGAGUACAUUAGCUACAGAAACCAACAUGGUUUGGAACUCGACUUCGACAGGUAUGCGCGGCUGGCUGGGGACUUGCAGUGGGGGGAUGAUGGUGCUUUGAGUGCCAGGACUCUGCUUGGGAGCGGUGACAAGCUUGGGGAUGAUGAGCUUCAUGGGGAUGGAAAAUGCAUGGAAGAGGACCACAUGGUGGCUACGACGAUAAAUCGAAUAACAAAAGAUACUUCGGGGGCCUCCCGCCUCGUCAGUCAGCAGGAUCUCUUCUCGCUGUACGUGCAUGCUCCACCCGGCCAUCGGUACCCCUCCGACAGCCUGUUUCACAGGGCCGAGGUGUCCCGGCCAGUCAACACCACCAACGGCUGGGGCAAGUUCGCCUUGGUGCUUGCCGAACUGCGGCUGCUGGAAGAGGCCCUCCAGGAUCCCCUGAAUGUCAAGUUUGUGCUGCUGUCGGAGUCAUGUGUGCCACUGCAUGGGCCAGACCUUGUGUACCUCCAGCUCAUGUCUGAGGCGAGGAGCAGGCUGCGAGGGUGCCUGUCGAAGCCCCGAAGCCCUGAAAGGUGUGAUAUGAGCGUAUUCAGCAGGAUGCCAUGCGAGUCCCCGGACACGGAAUUCUACAGACACCAACUGUUGUGCACUUCUGUUGAGAUCUACCAGCACAGGGCUCAGUCUCAGUCCUGUGCUGUCUCAGUCACUGACACAUUAUGCGUUCCAGUGUUGACAAUCCCUGUUGUCUAA